AUGGACGAUGCCAACUGGACGUCCGUCUCCGAGUUUGUGCUCCUGGGUCUGUCUGAACGUCAGGACCUGCAGCCGCUGAUCUUCGCAGGGCUCCUGACCACAUAUCUGGUGAACCUAGCUGGCAACUCUCUGCUGCUUGGGGCGGUGUGGGCUGACCCCCAGCUCCGCAGCCCCAUGUACUUCCUCCUCAGCCAGCUGGCCGUGGUGGAUGUGAGCUUCGCCUCCAUCACCUUGCCCCAGGCCCUGGUGCACGCCCUGACCCAGCGCCGGGCCGUCCCCUUCGCCAGCUGCAUGGCCCAGCUCUUCAUCUUCAUGGCUGUGGGCAACAUGGAGGGCUACCUGCUGGCUGCCAUGGCCUAUGACCGCUACGUGGCCAUCUGCAACCCGCUGCGCUAUGCCACCGUGGUGACGCGGCCCCUUUGCCUCAAGAUGGCCGCCGUCUCCUGGGCCGUGGUGAUCCCCCACUCCCUGCUGCACACAGUCAUGGCUGCCCGCCUGCGCUACUGCAGCCGCCGCCUGCAGCACUUCUUCUGCGACCUGCCGCCCCUGCUGCACCUUUCCUGCACCCGGCCCUUCUCCAACGAGUUGGCUGCCUUCACCGAAGGUGUCCUGGUGGUGCUGGCCCCUUUCGUCUUCAUCCUGGCCUCCUACGCCCGCAUCGGGGUCACUGUGGGCCGCCUGCGCUCUGCCCACGGCUUGCGCAAGGCCCUCUCCACCUGCGGCUCCCACCUGACAGUGGUGAUGCUCUUUUAUGGCACCGUGGCCUGGCUCUAUUUCCGCCCGGCCUCCAGCUAUUCCCAGGAGCGUGACCGGCAGGUGGCCAUCUUCUACACAGCGGUGGCGCCCGCCCUGAACCCCCUCAUCUACAGUCUGAGGAACAAGGACGUGGCCGUGGCCCUGAGGAGGGCAAGGAGGAAGGUCCUGGCUCGGAGCGCGUGA